UGUCACUAAUCACUAUUCGUAUUCGCUAUUCGCUUACCACGAUCUAACAAAAGUGAUGAUCAAAAAUUUCUUAUAUUUUUAUUAAAGUAUUCAUUAAUAUACAAUUUUCUAAAUUAUAUCAAAAGUUUCUCAUACAAUUAAAAAAAAUGGAGUGGAUAGCUCCCGUCAAUGAGAUCCUAACUGAUAAAAUUACAAAAUUAAAUUACACAUUGAUCCCGCCCGGAUUUCAGGGAGAUGUACGAAGUGUGAGGUUGAUGCAAGACAGUCUGUCCAAAUUGAUCAACUUCCUCGGUGAACAGUCUGCACAAGCUCAAGGGCUAAACAAAGUGAUUACAACAGCCUAUAAACUGCGUAACUCACCAACACACAUCUUAUAUUUGCUGAAAGAUUUCAAUGCCAAAGGGGGGAAUGGUGACGUAAUAGGAUUACUAAAAGUUGGCCAGAAGCAUUUAUUCCUUUUCGACGAACGUGACAAGGUUUGCGAGGUGGAACCUCUCUGUGUGCUCGAUUUCUACGUGUUACCAGAUCGACAGAGACACGGUUACGGAAAGAUUCUCUUUGAUCACAUGCUAACAGAUAUGAACACAUCUGCCGAAAAACUUGCAAUAGACGGUCCCUCGCCAAAAAUGGAGCAAUUUCUGCGCAAGAACUACGGUAUCGAACGUUUAAUGCACCAAAAGAACAAUUUUGCGGUUUCCCCGCAAUUCUUUGCCGGUGUGCAACAAGUGAGCAAUAAGUCGGGACACACAACUCCGGUGGCAACACCGGCCGUCGGGCGCUUCGCAGCUCACAAGCCGGUCUCAGCUAUCGCUACAGUGAUUCACGGCGGCGGUUCUGGUUUCCAAGAAACAAACAAUGGGACAACACCUGCAUCUGGGGGCCCUGAUACUGAAAAAAAUGGUGGUGCCGUAGCUGAUCUAGAACAGCUUGUAACCGACGUUCACAUAACCGACCAUAAAAAUGAAAAUAACGAAGCCAACGAAACUUAUGAUACCAAAGCUGAGGACACUAAACCAGCAAUUGAAGAAUUAGCCGACCUUCAAAAAAGUCCUGAGAGGCCUUCGUCCCUCAAAGUGGAGCCAGUGUCGGAGUCUCCCGCCCCGGUCGCCCUCUCUCCGGCCGGCUCCACCAUCUCGCAUCGCGACUCGCAGCUCACCGACCGCGGCUACUUCGACGUUAAGUUUUACCACAACAAACUGUGGUAAAACAACCAGCUAACCACAGCUGUGGCACGCUCGCCACGAUGGUAUAAUUACCUAUUUCAUGUUUUCUUAUAUAUCGUAAUCGUAAUGCUCAACGUCAUAAUAUGCGCUUUAGAUUUAACCUCGUGUUUCUGUUUACACUACGGGCCUAUAUUCAACUCGAUUGGUGUUAUUUGUUUUUAAUAUAGUUUUCUUCUUGACGGAUAUAUCUUCCAUUGUGUCUGUUUUUAAUUAGAAAGUCGUUACUAUAAGGUUAAAAGUUAUAAGUGGUAAU